AGAUGAGUUCAGAAAAAGUUGUUCUGAUUUUAAUUUUUUGUUUGAGCAUGAUGAGUACAGGGCAUUGUAAAAAUAGGAAGCAUUUUGUUCUGGUGCAUGGGGCUUGCCAUGGAGCUUGGAGUUGGUACAAGGUGAAGCCAAUGUUGGAAUCUGCGGGUCACAAGGUGACAGCACUCGACCUUGCAGCUUCUGGCAUCAACAUGCACAACAUUGACGAUGUUGAUAGUUUCGCACACUACACUCAGCCUCUGUUGCAGUUAAUGGCAACCAUUCCUCCAAAUGAGAAGGUGAUUCUAGUUGGUCAUAGCCUCGGGGGACUCAGCCUAGCACUUGCCUCCGACAAAUUCCCACAAAAUGUUGCGGCUAAUGCUUACGUAACAGCUUUUCUUCCAGACACAGAACACAGCCCUUCUUAUGUAUUGGAAAAGUACGGUGAGAUUACUCCCGCGUCUGCAUGGAUGGACACUAAGUUUGAACCAAGUGGAAACAAAACAUCAAUGUUCUUCGGUCCCAUGCUUUUGGCCAACAAGCUCUACACACGAUCCCCCGUUGAGGAUCUUGAAUUGGCUAAGAGUUUAGUAAGGCCAUCAUCACUGUUCGUGGAAGACUUGUCAAGGCAGAAGAAAUUCUCGAGAGAGGGAUAUGGGUCAGUUCCACGUUCCUAUAUUGUCUGCACUGAGGACAUUGCAAUUACUGCAGAAUAUCAAGAAUGGAUGAUAAAAAAUGCUGCCAUCAAUGACGUUCAGAAAAUCAAAGGGGCAGAUCAUAUGGUUAUGAAUAGCAAGCCUCGCCAACUAGUUGAUGCUCUCCUGAAGAUAGCAACUAAAUAUGCAUAAACCCAUCCCGCAACCUUUAAUUUGCUUUUACUUCAUGUUGCUUUCAAUUUGACUUCUAAUCAUCUACUCCAUUAAAUAAAUUAAACAAAUAAAUGGAUAUCUUGUGACUU